AUGGAUACCUUGCCAGUUGAGCUUAUGAGACUCGUCUUCUCUCAUUGCGAACCCGAGUCAGUUAGGAAUCUGAGAGAGGUCACUCGCAUGUUAGCAGAUGUAGGCUAUGAAUUCUUGCUAUCUUCCAGGUUCACCGCUGUCGGUUGGAGAAAUGAUAUCGACCGAUUACACUCCAUCGCGCUGCACGACCGAUUGAGAGGCAGCAUCACAUCAAUUUGCAUAUUUCUCGGCGAGUUAUCUUAUUACGACGCAUGGAGCACUUCAUGGUUUCAACAUUUCGUCACGCCUCCAGAUCACCGUAAUGAGUUAAUGGGAGCGGCUAGGCAGGAAUUCGAUAGGAUCGAAAGGGGGCGCAAGGCAGUUGGUCCAUUGCAUCUGAGGGCUGACGAUCUUCGAGAAGCAUGUUCUUCUCUUCCGAAUCUUAAGGAAUUUGAGAUUACUUUCACCCAAUGUCCUCUUGAAAAUGACCUUCUGAAGGAGGUCUUUGACUACCCGAGCUGCAGGAAGCUGGAUCGACCCCAGACGUAUAGCAACUUAGAUGCUAUCAUCUCCUCACUCCAUGGAGUCCCUCUAACCUCUUUCAAGGUGGAUCGACUUCCACUCGAAUUGUUCCGUUCAAAGGACCAUCGCACCCACUGGUUUAUGCACGCCCAGUCGUUUAGUAGUCUGGAGACCCUCAACCUAACUCUCGACCCGUCGGGACUGCAAGGUCCUAGUUCAGCUUUCAAGGCCGUCAACGGACUCGGUCGCAUCCUACAGCUCGCGACGAAUCUGCGAAAGCUGAAACUCGCAUUUCACCCCUAUUCUAGCGAGAAUUCCAAGUUCGCCCUGUCGUUCCGUGAAUUGUUCUACGACUUCACGUACAAGCAGCUCACGGAUUUGACGCUCGAGGGUGUCUCGUGUGAGGAGGAGGACCUUAAGUACUUCCUCGCGCGGCAUGGCGCCACCCUUCGCCGGCUACGUCUCGGCGGUCGCGGACUCGCCAAGCCCUUCGAGGUGUCGCUGGGAGGCAUCCAUAUGUACGAGGGCAACUUCAAGUCGCUAUUCACGGGGCUCCGCGCCAAGAUCCCCAAGCUAGAACGCCUCCAUCUCGAGGGCAUCUUCGAGUGCGAGCACCACGACCUGCCCUCGCACGAAGCCUACAACUUCUACCCCCUGACGAACGAGGACUGGGAGGAGGUGCCCCGCCCCAAAUGGGUGCGCAGCUCGCGGAAGACUAUCAGCUGCUUCCCGUUCGAGCAGUAUGUCCUCUUCGGAGGCCCAUAUCCCGGGACUGCCUUGGCCCAGCAGACUUACUAG